GCUACCUGUUGUUGUCUGUUAGGUGUUUACCUGUCAUGGAUGCUUUGAUAAGCUAAAUAAGUGGACAUUUGACGUUAAUGUUCUUGUCAACUGUCAAUAAAGUUUGUAAGUGGUUUAUCUGUGACGUAACGUUCUGGAAGUUUCUCCCGUUGUGGAUUUGGUUAAUAUUUCAAAAGGACAUUGGAUAACUUCAUUUCUGCCACGAUGAUUCCUCUCUCAAAGCAAAGUUGUCUCCCACCGUCCCGCGAUUCCCCCCGGGAGAAGAGGAGCGCCUGCCUCCUACGUCCGAUGCACAUCCUGCAGACUUCGUUAGGAGUGUUUCAGCUGGAGCGCUGGUCCCUAAAUGAUCCGCCGUCUCCAUGACAACUCGCCAUACGAACACGACUGCGCCCAUGAGCUCCACCUGAGCUAGAGGACGCCGCCAGCCCCCCCCCUUUCCCACCUCCCCUUCGCCCUCCUGGAUUUACUUUUUUUUAUAUAUAUAUUUUUGGGAAGUUUCCUUCCACGAUGCUGUGGGAAUUUGGACUUGUGCUGCUGUUCGUCCUCACUCCGCAAGCCGCUAAAAUUAAAGGGGCCGGCGUCAGGCUGGACUCGGGGGCCGUGGGCCCUGUGCGUUUGGCGGAGCUGCUGAAGACGUCCCACACCCAAACCGAAGGUUCGGGGUUCGAAGUGGAGAGACGGCGACCCAAGAGGUCUGUGUUUUUACACUCGGGAGUGAGAAUCUGUCCCCAAGAGACCAUCAACGAAGUGCUCGCCAGCCACCAGGCGUAUUACCAGCUCAGAGUUUGUCAGGAGGCCGUGUGGGAGGCGUUCAGGAUCUUCUUCGACAGGAUCCCCGGGACGGCAGAGUACCAGAGAUGGGUUCACACGUGUCAACACGAGUCACUCUGCAUCUCCGACCUCACCAAAAACUUCAGCAGCUCCGAGGAGCACAUGGGCAUGAUUCACAGGAAGGUGAACCGGAUGAGAGACCGGAGGCCUCCGUCACGAGGAGUGGUGACGCCUGCACCGGCACCGAAGAUCUCUGAGAAAGCAGGUGCAGAGGUUGACAUUGUCGCUCUGCCAGAAGCCCCAGCAAUUCUCAGCCCUGUGAGUGUCUCUCCAAGCCCCGGCCUCAAGCAGACCCAUCCAAUUGAGGAGGAGUCGGAGCUUCCCAACGUGGUCCCAGAGAGUCCCGUGGAGCAGAUGGUGGAGUUCAGCAUCGACCUGGUGGAUCCGGGUUACAGAGAACUGCUGGACGAUCCAGACUCCCCUCAGUACAUCGACCUGGCUCACCACCUGCAGGACCAGAUGCAGCAUGUUUUUGACAAACUUCCGGGAUUUAAAGCCAUCCAUGUGCUGGGCAUCAGGCCCGGAGGAAUCUCGGUGCACUACUCUCUUGUCUUUGAGAUUAAUGCACCUAAAAUAAACAUAGAGAAUUCAGAGACGGCGACCGGCACCCCGGAGACUUCAGUCAGCUCUGGCCUCAGGGAAAUGGUCGCCAAGGCUCUACGGGAGGAGGCCUCGCUGCCGAUCGAUCUGGACUCGCUUAACUUCGAACCAGAAGCAAUCCUCUUGCCAGCACUGACAGCCACCUCUACAGUAGAAGUAGUGAACGAGUCCAGUGAGCCCGAUUCACACAACGAGUUUGAAGUUUCCAUUGACGAGCCAGAAGUUGAUAAACCACGGCUGGAGGUUCCCCUCACACCCAUGGAGAAGGAAAACGCCCUCGUCACCCUGCUGGAUCCCACAGCCGUCCCGGACGAUGAGAUGACGGCAGCGGGUGAGCCCGAGCAAUUAGGUGAAGACGAGGAGGAAGAAGUGCUGAUCAUUACACAUGAGAUUGAAACCAUUCAUCACGACGAAACUGGGGAACUCGUGAGAGACUACAUCCCGACCCCUCCUGUGGUUCUGGAGCUGGAGACCGAUGCUCCCUACAUCAGCCUGUCUCCUAACCUGAUAUCAGAGGAAGACCUUACUCCCAUUGAUGAUGACAGUAAGAAUCCCAGUUUGGAUGCUGUCACCCCCACCACACAGACAUCAUUAACUACAGCUCCCGCUCGAGAGGAAGUGUCCGAUGCGGGACUCCCAAUCACGACACUUUCAGGCAUCACGGGCCAGACGCCCACUGAGCCGAUAGAAAAGCUUCUAGAAGACGAAGAAGGUAAUGCUCUCCCGGAUGAGGAAGGCCCUGAACCUUAUGACCCCGGCGAGGCUUCGGAAACAGAACAUGUUUCAGAGUUGGAAACUGAAUUGUUAGAGCCAGAGGGAGAGUCAGUGGUGGAACCUGAACAAAUUGAACCAGAGGAACGGAAUUUAGAGGUGUCAGAACCUGAGACAGAAGUAGCUGAAGAGGAAGAAGUAGUUGAAGUUUCAGAGCCAGAGAAAGAGAAAGAAGUAGUUGAAGAGGAAGAACCAGAGGAAGAAGUAGUUGAAGAGGAAGAACCAGAGGAAGAAGUAGUUGAAGAGGAAGAACCAGAGGAAGAAGUAGUUGAAGAGGAAGAAGGAGUUGAAGAGGAAGAACCAGAGGAAGAAGUAGUUGAAGAGGAAGAAGGAGUUAAAGUUUCAGAGCCAGAGGAAGAAGUAGCUGAAGUUUCGGAGCCAGAGGAAGAAGUAGCUGAAGUUUCAGAGCCAGAGGAAGAGUUGGUGGCAGAAAAUCAAGACGAGGCAGCAGCUCCAGAAGCAGAGGAAGAGUCUGAACUUGGUGGGGAUGUAGAUGAGGUGUCAGAACAAGAAGAAGAGGUGGUUGAGCCAGCCGGAUCAGAAGAAACAAUACCUAAAGUUUCUGAGGAAACGGUACCAGAAGUUUCUGAACAGGAAGGAGAGGUAGCUGAGGAGGAAGUUGUGGAGAUUUCUGAAGUAGAAACGGAAGUUGUUGAUGCUCCAGCGCCAGGUGAAGGUGUGGUUGAAGAGUUGGAACCAGCAUCUGAACCAGAACAGGAAGGGCAUGAAACCGAAGUGACAGAAACAGGACAUGAGGUAGUUGAGACUGCAGAAUCAGAGGAGGAGCCAGAAAAUGCCUCAGAACCAAGUGAAGAACUGGUGGAGGUUGUAGAGAUAUCGCCAGUACCAGAACCAGGGGAAGAGUCAGAAGAAGUAGCAGAUGUACUACAACCAGAUGAGGAUGUAGUCGAGGAUGUAAAACCAGAGCAGGAAGUAGUUCCAGUACCACAGGAAGAGCCUGAGGACAUUUCAGAACCGCAACUUCCCCCAGAGGCCGGAGAAGAGGCAGCGGAUGUUUUUAAGGAAGAACAAGAGGAGGUUGUUGAGAAUCCCAAGGAUGAAACCGACCCAAAGGAAGGCACAGAUCUUGAUUUACCCGGAGUUUCAGAAAUAGAGGAGGAAGGAGUGGGAGGAGUUGAUGUCCCAGAACCAGACGGAGAAGUUACUGAGCCACCAGCUGAAUCAAUUAAAAUCCUUCACCCAUUGGACAGCGCGGACGAUCUUCACUUCGGAGAGGAUACUGUUCAGGUUAUUGAAGAUAACGAGUUCCUUCCACCAGUUGGACCGAACUAUCCCCGGCCACAUGAGGAAGAUAACUUACCCAUCUUACCGAUAGACAUCCAACCUUCUGAAGAAAAUGAAGGUGAAACUGACCACGAAUAUCCCGUCGUCGAUGACUUUUACACGGAGGAGGGUGGUGACGGUGUAGACACACAAGUGGAAAGUGACACUGGUGCCCCCACACCGACAGAAACACCAGAGAGCGAUCUACAGUUUGAAACAACCUCUGAUAUCGCAGAGUCGACAGCUGCAGACAACCACGACACAUCAGAGGGUGCUGAAGUCACAGAAGAUGUGCCGGAGGAAACGCAACAAAGUGAUUCAUCCCCAGAAAGAGACCUCAGUGCAACGGCAGCACCGGUUUCAGACUCCUUCCCUACACCUAUGGCAACUUCAAUCGAUGUGUCCGCACCCAGCCCGACAGUAGACUCUGGCAUCUUUGAGGUAGAAGAGCAAUCUGUAAUCCCCUCUACCCCUGAGUCUUCAGAGGAAGAUGGCGCGGCGCCAGAGGAAGAGUCGGAGCCAGCUGUCGUCAUUAUCGACGAAGACCUGGAAGACGCAGUACCAAAAGGAAGCGAAGGCCAAACCAUCCCAGCGCCAGGCACCGAAGACGUCGUAGAUGAGGCUGUGAAGGACCUGGCGGUGGAGCUGGACCAAACGGACGUAACAGCCACAGAGUCAAACGAGCUGCCAGACGAGGGGAGCGGAUUCCUACCUGUGGUGGAGGAAGGCACCGCUGUCGGCGUCACAGCCCCGCCUCCAGUCAGAUACCUGACCACGCCCUCCAUGACCACGGCCGGCCAGGGCAGGGAGCUGGUGGUGUUCUUCAGCCUGCGUGUCACCAACAUGGACUUCUCUGAGGACCUCUUCAACAAAACCUCUCCAGAGUACAGAUCGCUGGAGAACACCUUCUUAGACGUGCUGAUGCCGUUCCUGCAGGCAAACCUGACGGGCUUCAAGAAACUGGAGAUUCUUAACUUCAGGAAGGGCAGCGUGGUUGUCAACAGCAAGAUGAAGUUCGCCAAGUCGGUGCCGUACAACAUCACCAGCGCCGUGCACUGCGCCCUGGAGGAGUUCUGCCUCACCGCCUACCAGAACCUGCACAUCCAGAUCGACACACACUCUCUGGAUGUUGAACCAGCUGAUCAGGCCAAUCCCUGCAAGUUCCUGGCCUGCGAUGAGUUCUCUCGCUGCGUGGUGAACGGCCGGACGAAAGAGGCUCGGUGUCUGUGCGAGCCGGGCUUCCUGUCGGUGGGCGGCCUGCCCUGUCAGAGUCUGUGUGUCCUGCAGCCCGACUACUGCCAAGGAGGCGACUGUCACAUUCUCCCUGGACACGGAGCCGUGUGCAGAUACAAAGACAGCUACUCCCUCCCAGGCCUUGCCAGUUAAGAAAAAGUAUCAGAUUGGGUGUCACCUGAGAAUACUACUAAAGGACUCCAUGAAAUAGGACUUGUCAGAAGGACAUCGGGACUCAUCACAGCCUCAUAAUUAGAAAUCAAAAGCUGAAGAGCUUUCAGGAUAAACUGUUUGCCUCCAAACUCUUCAGAGCUCUGAGCUUUAUAUCAGAGGAUGAUCUUCCUUCAGCGUAAACAGACAUUUAGGCCACUUUGGAAACUGCCGGAUGUCGUCGAAGAGGAUCUCCGCACGACUGCAGCCUCGAUCAGUGAUCGACCCUGGAGGUUUUUGUACACGUCUGCUGACUCGCUUUGUGUUUGUGUAGCAAAUAGGUGGUUAAAAAUACACAGGAUCUGAUGUGACAUGGUGAAAUCAUCUGAAAGCUCUCAAAUAUGGAAGAAAAAAGGAACCUCGCAUCAGGGAUCUGCUUUUAUUUUUUCAUUUAGGUCUGUAAACACUGUCAGAACUGGACGCCCUCAUCCUUUCACAGCUUAAUACAACCCUUCUUUACCCUGAUGUACACCUGACCCUCUUAUAUACUGGGACUGAAGAUGAAGAUCACUGUGGAUGUGUUGCCAGAGUAACAAAUAGUAAAAUGCAGCUGAUUUCAUCGCUAUCAUAAUCAGUAAUUACCAACCCUUGUUUUUAGCUUGUGAGCCCUUAAAAAUCAAGCAAUAUUUACUUUGAGCCCACUCCUGGUCACAUGGUUAUGGUUUUGAGCACCAAAAAGUGAAUUUUUCUUCCUCAUAUUGUCUGUUUUGAAGGAUUUUUAAAGGCCUAACAAGGUGAAAUAAGUAUUUUUAAAGGAAAAACUAGAAAAGCUAACCGUUUCUGUCUUUGUUAUUGGUGCUUUGAGCUAAAUGCUUACAUUUUGCAGGAAUAAUGUUUACCACAUUUUAUCGUUAUCUUAGUGUAGCUUGUUAGCAUGCUAACAAUGAAUUUUGUGGGCAACUGCAGCCAUUUUUUGAGUUAUAGAUCUGUAAUAUCACCAUAUUCUCUUGUACAGUUCAUGUAAAUAGACAAAACAUCUACUUUUGGGGGAAAAAACUGUACCUUGACCUUUUUCUUAUUUGAAGUGUUAAAUUGUCAUCUAAAUGUUGUUUUACAAUCAAUAGUUAAAAAUACAAACGGUGUUGUAUAAGAGACCCCAUUUUCUUCAUUUAAAAAAAAAAAAAAGGUAUUGAGGAGAUAUUCAGGUUUAGUUAUAGCCCAAACUGAAGUGAAAGAAGAUGCAGAGAGGGGGGUGAAACAUGGAAUGCUUUUAUUCAUCUGUUAGAGAGAUCAGCGUUAGAAAAGUGACAGUGGACAAAGGCAGUGCUUCCCGAGGAAUGAUUGUAAUGUGUGGAAGAGAAACAGAUCGGAGCAGAAGCGGGACUUUCUUGUACAUUUCAGGAACUAUUUCGAGGUCAUUUCUCGGAGGUCAUAAUCGUGGUCCAAGCUCCGAAUGUGGCCCCUUUACACUUGGCAUUAACGGACAGGAAAACAUUUUG